UAGACAUAUAGACCGCAAAGCGGAUCGAAGAAAAGGGAAACAGACUAGCAGACACAAGUGCAGAAAGUGUAGGUGUGUGUAUGUUCGGAACAUACGUAAAAAUGUGAUUGACAAAUUGCUUGCUGUACACCGGUGUUUACACAGUACGAUUUAAUGUCCACCAUUUGAAAUUUUCUAAGAAUGGCGUGAGUUGCCACUGGAGACAUGACAAAACGUUUUGAGUUCAACUGGCAUAUCCCAGUUCCAGAGCCACUGCUAAAAGGAUGUUAUUUCGAACGUUGGACAGAAGAAAAGGAGAAUGUAGAAUAUGAAGCAAAAUGUCUCUUCAGGGUGGAUGAAUACGGCUUUUUCAUUUACUGGAAGAGUGAGGCCCGUGAUGGUGAUGUCAUCGAGCUGUGUCAAGUAAGCGACAUUCGAGCAGGUGGACUUCCGAAGAAUGAGAAGUUGAAUAAUACCCUGAUGAAGUUGGGAGACAAUGUGGAAGAACGCUCACUAACCAUAUGCAGUGGCACUGACUACAUCAACAUUAAUUAUCAGCAUGUUGUUUGCCCAGACAUAGAGACUGCUAAGGCCUGGUUACAAGGCAUCAGGAAAAUCACGCACAAUGUAAAGGCAAAUAAUGUAUGCCCCAUGACGUGUUUGAAGAAGCACUGGAUGCGACUAGGAUUCCUUACUGAUCCUAAGGGCAAAGUACCAGUGAAGGUUGUGGCAAGAACUUUUGCAUCAGGAAAGACAGAGAAGUUGGUAUAUCAGUGUCUCUCAGACCUUGGUCUUCCCAGUGGAAAGAAUGAUGUAAUAGAACCAGAAGACUUCACUUUUGACAAGUUCUAUGGCUUGUACCAUAAGAUUUGUCCAAGAAAUGAUAUAGAGGAACUCUUCCAGUCUAUCACCCAAGGUAAAACAGAGACUAUUAGUAUGGACCAGUUCAUCCUAUUUCUGAACGAAAAACAGAGAGAUCCAAGAUUGAAUGAAAUAUUAUAUCCAUUGUAUGAUGAGAAGAGGGCUGCAGAAAUCAUCACUACGUACGAACAGGAUGAACAGGCUCGGGGUGAACGGAAGCUGACAAAGGAUGGUUUGAUACGCUACCUGAUGUCUGAUGAAAAUGCACCAGUAUUUCUGGAUCGCCUUGACAUUUACAUGGAUAUGGACCAGCCUUUAUCUCAUUAUUACAUUAAUAGUUCCCACAACACCUAUUUAAGUGGCCGCCAGUUUGGUGGAAAGUCUUCCGUUGAGAUGUAUCGCCAGGUUCUGCUAGCAGGCUGCAGAUGUGUGGAACUGGACUGCUGGGAUGGUUUGGGGAGAGAUGAGGAACCAAUCAUCACUCAUGGGAAGGCGAUGUGCACAGACAUUGUUUUCAAGGAUGUGAUCUAUGCCCUUCGUGACACAGCUUUUGUGACGUCAGACUUCCCGGUCAUACUUUCAUUUGAGAACCACUGCUGUAAGGGACAACAAUACAAGCUCGCCAGAUACUGCAAUGACAUCCUUGGAGACCUGUUGUUGAAGGAACCCCUGCCUGAAAGUGCUCUGGAGCCAGGUGUACCACUUCCAUCUCCCAACCAGCUCAAGCGCAAGAUUCUCAUCAAAAACAAACGUUUGAAACCAGAUGUGGAGAAGGCAGAAUUGGACCUGUUCAUGCAGGGGCAGUUUGUUAUUGAGGAUGAGGAAAAAGAAGAUGCAUCUGCACCAAUGAUAGAAAAGAAAGAGGAGCCAGCUGAAAGUGUAGAUGGCACUGCUACUCAGGAAGAUGUACCCAUACAAGUCCCUUAUACUGGCUCAACAACUAAUGUUCAUCCCUGGCUCUCAUCAAUGGUAAACUAUGCCCAGCCUGUCAAGUUCCAGGGAUUCGAUGUUGCAGAACAAAAGAAUAUCCAUCACAACAUGUCUUCAUUUGCGGAGACUGCUGGACUAGGAUACCUUAAGUCUCAAGCAAUUGAGUUUGUCAAUUACAAUAAACGACAGAUGUCUAGGAUCUACCCCAGAGGCACCAGGGCAGAUUCUUCCAAUUACAUGCCUCAGGUGUUCUGGAAUGCUGGCUGCCAGAUGGUGUCACUGAAUUUCCAGACACCUGACUUGCCCAUGCAAUUGAAUCAAGGCAAAUUUGAAUACAAUGGGAACUGUGGCUACUUGCUGAAGCCAGACUUCAUGAGGCGGUCUGAUCGUAGUUUUGAUCCAUUUGCAGAAUCACCUGUUGAUGGAGUCAUUGCUGCGCAGUGUUCUGUGCAGGUGAUUGCAGGCCAGUUCUUGUCUGACAAAAAAGUGGGGACCUAUGUGGAAGUGGAUAUGUAUGGGCUUCCAACCGAUACUAUCAGACGGGAGUUCCGGACACGUAUGGUUCCAUCCAAUGGACUAAAUCCAGUCUAUAAUGAAGAGCCAUUCCUCUUCAGGAAGGUUGUGCUUCCAGACUUGGCUGUUUUAAGAUUUGGUGUUUAUGAGGAAAAUGGAAAGCUGCUUGGCCAGCGUAUUCUCCCACUGGAUGGCCUGCAGGCAGGCUAUCGGCAUAUUUCUCUGAGGACUGAAGCCAACUUCCCCAUGUCACUGCCCAUGUUGUUCUGCAAUAUUGAGCUCAAGAUAUAUGUGCCUGAUGGAUUUGAAGAUUUUAUGGCUGCUCUGUCAGACCCAAGAGCAUUCAUUUCAGCCCAGGAGAAGAGAAACCAGCAGCUGAAAGCUAUGGGCAUAGAAGAGACAGACAUCAAAGAUCCACUGUUGGGUGUUGAUGGAAAUUCAACAGCAGGGGCUGGAGGAAAGAAAGGAAGCAAAACUGGUGGUGCAAAAGGUGCUGCAGCUGGUGCCAAGGUUGAGGAAGAGAAGAAAGAGGACCUUAAAUUUGAGUCAAUCACUGCUGAAUCCUUGAGAGCAGAAAAGGGAUUUCAGAAGAUAGCCCGUAAACAACAAAAAGAACUAGAUACCAUGAAGAAACGACAACUGAAGGAGCAGCUGACCAUGCAGAAACAGCAAUGUACAGCCAUUGAGAAACUUAUCAAAGGAAAAAAUAAGAGUGAUUUGGUGUCAGACCCAACUGUCCGAAAACUGGUUGUAGAGCAGACAGUGCAGUGGAGUGACAUGGUUGAGCGUCACCGUAAGGAAGAAUGGGAAUUAGUGAGGCAGCACCUGACAGACCAGCAGGAUAUUUUGAAAAGGCUUAUGGAGACUUCACAUGCUGCACAAAUGAAGCAGUUGGAAGCUAAGCAUGAUCGGGAAAUGAAGGAAAUGAACUCGCGGCAAGCCAAGAUUUCUGUGGAGACAAUGAGGGAAGUAGCUAAUGACAAGACUCUCCGGACAAAAGGAGACAGAGACCGUCGCAUGAAGGAGAAGAAACAGAACAAUACCAAGAAAUUCACAGAUGAACGCAGGUUUGCUCAAAAGAAGAAUGACAGGGAGAUAGAGAAACUGAAGUCAAAACAUGAUAAAGAAAUGGAAACUCUGAUAAAGGAUGUGCAGAACCAAAUUGAGUUGAACAACAAUGAAGAACUAGAGCACCAACUCGCACCCAAGAUGGAGUUCUUUGCUUGAACUCUCAUGUAAUUGCAGGACAAUACAAAUAGACGCAACCAAAAUCUCGUCAUAUUUAUGUUUAUGAUUUAUAUUAUUAUAAUUCUAGUCAGUUCGGUACUGGAUCACACUGUCAUAGUGCUGUAAUUCUCCUCUGUGGGGUGGAGUAACAGUACAUCUCAAUGUAUUAAGGUAUGUGAUAGAACACUAGAUGUAGAUCUCCACAGUGUCAGAUGCUUGAUGAAUAUGGCUCCUUAUAAAAAUUAAAUAACAAAGGUCUUCACAGUUUUUAAGCUGGUGGUUGAUCUGUAUGAUAAACAUGCAAAGUGUCAUUUCAUCAUAAUUUCUAGAAGCAUCAUUACUUAUUACUGUAUAUGUGUAUGUGUAUGUAUGCCUACAGCAAAAGGUACAAAAAGUUAACUUAAAGCCAAAUAUUGUUGUUAUAGAUUUCAUAAGAUAUCUGUCCUUAGUU